UGUGGUAAUUAUGCUAACGCGAAUAACGUCGUCUUUCAGGACCGAUCAAUUCUCUCAUUUUGUAUACGGAUUUUUAUACUGUGCUUGGGACACCUUGGAGUUGGGCUGGGACGUCUUGGAAGAAAUUGGUGCAAAACUAGUCGAGUUUUUCAUCGCGAUUUUCAAUCUGAUCUUCCAAGUUUUGAUAUUCCUUCGGGACCUCUGCAUCGAAACAAUGCAGACAUUCGCUAAUGUAUUUCAAGGAAUGAUCAACGUCAUAAGCAGUAUAUCUUGCGAAGAUGUUGAGGACUUUGCUUCUGCCUGCAUCGUUGUUCUACUUUGGGUCGGCGUUGUCAAAAUUAUUAUAAAUAUGCUGAGCAAGAAUCCGGCAACAAUUCGAUCCCACAAUCCGUUUGAUAAAUCUGACUCGUUCUACGAGGAACAGUUCGACGUAGACAAGAGAUGUGAUUUAGAUGGAUGUUCUAGAAAAUUGCGAAAGCGCAGAAAAAAAUCGAGAAGACACAAUAGGAGUCUCACAACGACCGCGUCAAAUCCGGAAAUAGACGAAGACCAAAGCGACUAAUGCAAUAUAUUUGAAUGAUUAUGUUGUACCCGUAGAGACGACGUGAUUUUGUACACAGAAUUAUACGUACCCUAAUAUAAAAUAUUGAACGAGCUUUCAUUCUUUAAUUAAGGGCGCGAUUAAAAUGCAAAUAAUUGAGAAUAUUUUUAUGUCCUGAAUAAGCGCUUCGUGCUAUAGGUAAUAACAGCAAACAAAAAGAUAAAGUCCAUAACUUUGCGUUAUUUUAUUCAAAUAUAAAUAGGUAUAUUAUACAACGAGUGUAAAAAGAUACAAGAGAUAACAAUGGCCAUUUAAAAAAAUUAGAUUCUGAUAUUUACACAUAAUAGUGCGCUUGGAGCCAUAAAAUUGCUCUAUUGCCUCUCAACUACCAUCAUCGGCAUUGAUACUCCUCCUGAUUCAAACAACCUGCAUGCGACGUCGAGUCGGAUAUGCGCUGUGCAAACUCUUCGACGAAGAACUAACAGUCAGUUAUCAUUAAAAAUUAUUUACAGAUAUUCUGUGCCGUGUACAAUUUUCUCUAGUAAUAUACAAAAUAUCUAAAUAAUUGUUAAAAUAUAUAAAAAUGAUUGUUUGUUACAUCUUUCGUAUAUGUAAAACAGAAAUAAUUAUGAAUGAGUUUCAACGUACAUGUGCAUAGGAAUAAAUUAAAUUUUUGUGACCUAAUAACAUGAGAUAAUACUUGGAUAAACAGUAGGUAUAAAAGUGAAGACAAAUUAUACUUACAUGUGAUAUUUAAAUUGCAUUAUAAAUAAUAAAAGCAUGAUCUACUAGAUCUGAUAUUUA